UUUCCCUCCCUCUCCAGCCUCACAAGAUCAAGCAAGACAAGAGUGGCACUGAUGUCGCCCUGGGUGGUUGUUGUUUCGGUCCGCCACGCUGCAAAUUGAAUCCAGUUCAUGUCGGAUUCCGAGUCCACCUCGAAACGAAAUCUUUCAAGUCCUAUGGUUCGUUCAAGCGUUCCACGAGGCUUUUCGCAGGGGGCGGCGGUGACGCUGGGCGCGAAGAAAUUCCCAUUCUGUUCGAGCAAGACCCAUCUCCCGAUCAUAAUCUUCUUCAACCCCACCCUGCCCCUUCCUCCUCCAUGACCUCCGCCAGCAGCCCCACCUACAGCGGAGAGGUGAUCGUCAAGAUCGACGGCGGCGACUCUAAAUCUUCCAAACCAACCUGCUCCCAGGGCGAAAACAAGAUUCGGCGGGAUCCCAGCUACGACUUCUGGAAAGAAGGUGACAUCCCCACCACCAGGCAUGGCCAGAGUUUUGAUUUCCAGCAACCUGCCCCGAAACCCGAGGACCCUCCCUCAAUGCUCAUUGGUAAAUUCUUGCACAGACAGAAGCUCUCCGGCGACAUGUCCCUCGACAUGGAUUUAGAAAUGGACGAGCUCCAACAAGAUAAUUACCGGACGCAUUUGCCUCCGCUCGACGAGACUGGGCCGGUGAGUUUCUCCAGGGAGCUCAAGGUCUCCUUCGAAGAACCGCCUCCUAAUUCCACCGAGGAACUGAGCGAUUCCGUUCGACGAAGGUACAAGGAUACCCCGAUCAUGGAGGAAUACCAUAAACCACCACAACCACCGCAGCCCGACCGUCGAGGCACCGCUCAGAAUAUUCAUCCGGCAAACGGAGACGGCGAGGUUGUGAGGUGCACCUCUAACGCGUCUUUCGAGAGGAACCUUUCGUUGCAGAGGAAGUCGGGUUUGCUCAGGGCGAAGACCAAAUCAAGACUGAUUGACCCGCCGGACGAGCCAGAACGGAAAUCCGGUCGGAUUCAGAAAUCAGGGCAGAUGCUGUCAGGUUUGCAACCAGGGAAUAAUAAGAAAGGGGAGGAGGAGGAGGAAGAUCCGUUCAUGGAAGAGGAUCUCCCGGAUGAGUUCAAGAAGACCAAAUUCAGCAUUUGGGUUCUACUAGAAUGGUUGAGUUUGAUUUCAAUAGUCGCGGCAUUGAUAACCACUCUCUGCAUCCCAUUCUUGAGGAAGAAGAAUCUGUGGAAGCUGAAGUUAUGGAAAUGGGAGGUGAUGGUUUUGGUUCUGAUUUGCGGUCGGUUAGUUUCGGACUGGGUUAUUCGGAUCGCAGUGUUCUUCAUCGAAAGGAAUUUCCUCCUGCGUAAGAGGGUGCUGUACUUUGUUUAUGGGGUGAAGAAGGCAGUUCAGAACUGCCUAUGGUUGGGUCUGGUUUUAAUCGCAUGGCACUCUCUGUUCGAUCAGAGAGUGGAAAGGGAGACGAAAAACGACUUCCUAGAAUACGUGACCAAGAUCUUGAUCUGCUUCUUGGUGGGUACUCUGGUGUGGCUGGUGAAAACUCUGAUGGUCAAGGUUCUGGCUUCUUCAUUCCACGUGAGCACCUACUUCGACAGGAUACAGGAAUCGUUGUUCAAUCAGUUUGUGAUCGAGACACUGUCAGGGCCACCACUGGUAGAGCUUCAGAGGCAGGAGGAGGAGGAGGAGAAGUUGGCGGAGGAGGUGAUGAAGCUUCAGAACGCAGGAAUUACCAUACCUCCUGAUCUGAGGGCAUCGGCCUUCUCUUCUCUCAACAAGAGUCCAAAGGUGAACAAGAGUGGGAUGCUUCUCAAGAGUCCUCAUCUGAAAAGUGGCAAGUUUUCUCGACCACUUUCCAAGAAAUCAGAUGACGGGAUACCAAUUGAUUACUUGCACAAGUUGAAUCCCAGGAAUGUGUCCGCAUGGAACAUGAAAAGGCUGAUGAAUAUUGUGCGACACGGAGCUCUUUCCACGCUUGACGAGCAGAUUCAAGGUUCGACCCAUGAAGAUGAACAGAUCACGCAAAUCCGAAGCGAGAAUGAGGCCAAAGCGGCGGCCAAAAAGAUAUUUCAGAAUGUUACCAGGCGGGGAUCCAGGUUCAUAUACCUCGAGGACUUGUUGCGCUUCAUGAGAGAAGAUGAAGCCGUCAAAACCUUCAGUCUAUUCGAAGGAGCGCCUGAUACUGGGAAAAUCAACAAAUCGGCCUUGAAGAACUGGGUGGUGAACGCGUUUCGAGAAAGAAGAGCGCUUGCUUUGACAUUGAACGACACGAAAACGGCAGUUAACAAACUUCAUCGAAUGCUCAAUUUUUUAGUGGCCAUCGUCAUUCUGGUUAUUUGGCUCUUAAUACUGGAAAUUGCCACCAGCAAAUUUCUUGUCGUCGUGAGCUCCCAGCUCGUUUUGGCGGCAUUCAUAUUCGGAAAUACCUGCAAGACCAUAUUCGAAGCCAUCAUUUUCUUAUUUGUCAUGCACCCUUUUGACGUGGGAGAUAGAUGCGAAGUUGACGGCAUUCAGAUGAUUGUGGAAGAGAUGAACAUAUUGACAACCAUAUUUUUGAGAUACGACAAUUUGAAGGUAACGAUCCCUAACAGUGUUCUGGCUACCAAGCCCAUAUAUAAUUUCUACCGGAGUCCCGACAUGGGAGAGGCUGCGGAGUUCUUGGUACAUUUAUCUACCCCAGCAGAAAAGAUCACACUCAUCAUAAACAAAAUACAAAGUUACAUCGAGAGCAAGAAGGAGUUCUGGUAUCCGUCACCCAUGAUAGUGUACAAGGACGCUGACCAGCUCAACAUGAUAAGAAUCGCAGUGUGGCCGAGUCACAGAAUGAACCACCAAGACAUGGGGGAAAGAUUUGUGAGAAGAUCCCUUCUGAUUGAGGAGAUGAUCAAGAUCUUCCGGGAGGUCGACAUCCACUUCCGCCUCCUUCCCCUUGAUAUCAGUGUUCGAAGCAUGCCCACCACCUCCGACCGCCUUCCUCCCAGUUGGGCCACUGCCACCACUCUUGGCUAAUUGUUCCCCUAACCCUGCGGCUCUAGCUGCUUAGGAUUUCUGUAUAGAGUGUACAUAUUCUAUAUUACUUUUAUCACUACUUCUAGGUUGGUAGUCUGGUGGCUGGUGCUGAUCUUAAUUUCCACUAGGUUUUAUCUCUUACUCUUCGCUAUCCAUCGAUUUUUCUCUUUCUUUAUGUUGCACCACUUACUUCCAAAACCACGUACGCUUACUGUUAGUCCUGUUACUCUCAAUUUUCUACCUUGUCCCGGCUGCUUGCACACAAGAAACUAGAACGUCUCGUCUCACCCAUAA